AUGUUUUCGUCAGCGCUCAAAUCGUUUACUUCCAACAUCGGCUCCAACUACAGCAUCGCUCCCCAACCCAGCUCGACCUCCGGACCAUGGAAGAUCUUUGACGCCAAAAAGAAGUCAACUGGCAAAGCUGCUUCGGUCUUUGUAUUCGAUAAGAAGUCUCUCGAACCGUCAUCCAGUGCUUUAGGAGGAGGUCGCGGAAGCUCAUCGUCCAUAAAACGUGCUCAAGAGGAGGUUAUUGAUCGUCUGAAGAAGGAAGCAAGCUCUUUGGCUCGUCUGCGACAUCCUAGUAUUCUGGAGCUGGCUGAACCUAUCGAAGAGACACGUAAUGGUGGUCUCAUGUUUGCGACAGAACAAGUCACGGUUUCUCUUGCUGCUCUGCUGGCCGAAAAGGACGAUCAAGAAAGAUCUGGACGAGGUGCUGGAAGAGGUAGCCGUUAUGUUGUUCGAGGCAACGAUGGUCAAGAUGAGAUUCGUGAGCUCGAACUAGACGAGCUGGAAAUACAAAAGGGUCUCUUGCAGAUCGCAAAAGGUCUGGACUUCCUACAUCAAAGCGCAAAGCUGGUUCACGCCAACUUGACUCCGGACGCCAUCUUUGUGAAUGCAAAGUCAGACUGGAAAAUCUCGGGUCUGGCAUUCUCUACACCCUUCUCCGACUCUGUCUCAUCACCAUCUCUGUCGCUGUCGGAAGUCUUGAAUCAUGACCCUCGACUUCCUCCUUCAGUCCAGCUUAGUCUCGACUACACCUCUCCCGAUUUUGUGCUUGACAACAAUAUCAACCCUUCAGCCGACAUGUUCUCCUUAGGUCUGCUCAUCAUCGCUCUCUACAACUCUCCACAUCGUAGUCCCAUCGAGACACAUGAAAGUCUUUCGGCCUACAAACGUACCUUUUCCUCGUCCUCUUCGGUACCCAACCAAACCAACAACUUUUUGUCCUCUGUGCCGCUACCCAAGAACCUCUCAUCUGAACUUCUACCACGUCUGAUCACCCGACGUCCCGCACAACGUCUCAAUGCCAUGGAAUUUCAACAAGCUCAAUACUUUGACAAUAUCCUCGUAUCAACUAUCCGCUUCCUGGAUGACUUGCCGGCCAAGACACCCAACGAGAAGGCUCAAUUUAUGCGUGGUCUCGCGAAGAUUAUGCCACAAUUCCCCAAAUCAGUCUUGGAGAGGAAGCUCUUGCCUGCUCUGCUAGAAGAAAUGAAAGACCGCGAUCUGCUAGCUCCAAUUCUGUCGAAUGUUUUUGCCAUUGUAAAAGCUUCGCCGUCAGGGAAACGUGCUUUCACAGACAAAGUCAUUCCAAGACUACGCGACAUUUUCCUUGUGCAAUCAAACGCGAAGACUCCUGCUGAGCGGGAUACUACCAAAGAGGCUGGCCUGAUGAUCGUGCUUGAGAACAUGAAAGUGGUGGCCGACAAUUGCUCCGGUAAGGAGUUUAGAGACGACAUUCUCCCUCUUAUCGCUCUGGGUCUUGGCUCUCCAACUCAUGCUGUCGUUGAUGCUGCUCUUUCCACGUUACCCGCUGUUCUACCUGCUCUCGACUACAGUACAAUUAAGAAUGAGCUUUUCCCUGUGAUUGCUGGUGUUUUUGCCCACACAAACUCGCUUGGUAUCAAGAUCCGUGGUCUUGAAGCUUUCUACACGCUGUGUGGAGGUACUGCCGAUGAGGACUCCAUCAGUGAUGGACUUGAUGGUGUUUCAAUCUCUCGUGACUCCAAACUCAGCAGCAGCCAAGUGCUUGACAAGUUCACCAUUCAGGAGAAGGUCGUGCCUCUGAUGAAGGGUAUCAAAACCAAGGAACCUGGUGUUAUGAUGGCUGCCCUCAAGGUAUUCAGACAGAUAGGCCAGGUCGUAGACUCUGACUUCCUCGCUAUCGAAGCGCUUCCUAUCCUUUGGAGCUUCAGUCUCGGACCUCUUCUUGAUCUCGAACAAUUCCAGGCUUUCAUGACUUUGAUCAAAUCCCUGUCUUCCCGCAUUGAAAGGGAACAUACUCGUAAACUUCAAGAGCUAGGCUCAAGCAACGGAACUGGCUCGGCGAGAUCAGGAGCGAGGCAACCGACUGCUCUCCAAUCAAGCUCGACCACUAAUGGAGGUGACGUGGACUUUGCAAGCUUGGUCAGUGGAAGGAAAGGAAAUGCUACUCCGGACAUCAUGAACGAUUGGGGUCCGCCUGCUGCCAAACCUGCCUCAACACAACCAUCAACUGCUGCAUCUCAAAACUCAGGCUUCUCUUCCUGGACAAGUCCGGCACCAGCUCAGGCUUCGCGAUUGAACUCUUUGCAAUCAACAGCCACCCAGAGAACGGUGACGCCAGACCUCAAUAGUUCUUUCGCCGCACUCACACCUGCAUCACCCUUCAACGCACCACUGCAGCCCGCUGCUCGUCAACCCUCUGCCUCUAGCUUCACAUCACCACCCCUCAACCCUUCCACCAACAACACUUCAACGUCCAUAAACUGGUCCGCAGCAACCACCACACCCAACUCAUCGACCUGGUCGUCACAACAACAAAGACCAACAAACGGUGGUAUUCUUCCUCCACCCACUCAACGCACAUCUUCUUUUACUAUACCCCCACCGCCGAGUUUUACGACACAAAGCCCCGUCACGCCGAAUGCGUAUUCAGCGUUUUCGAUGCCUGCGAUGCAGCCGCAACAGAGCCAGCAGAGACAGGCGUUGCAACAACAGACAUUACAACAGCAGCAGCAACAGCAGCAGCAAAAGACGACGCAAAGUAGUGGAUUGGAUAAAUAUCAGAGCUUGAUUUAG